GUUUCUUCCUUUCAAAAACCCAUUCUAUGAACACAAUCUCACCUCCUUCAUCGUGUUUCAUACCUCUCUUCCCAACACGAUGAUCACUAAUACCACUACUACUCUCUUCUUGUUCAUCUCUCUACUUCUUCUUUCUUGUUUUCUCCAAGUUUCUUCCAAUGGAGACGCUGAGAUACUGAGUCGGGUUAAAAAGAGCCGACUCUUCGACCCCGAUGGAAAUUUACAAGAUUGGGUCAUAACUGGAGAUAAUCGGAGCCCGUGUAACUGGACGGGAAUCACAUGCGACAUCAGAAACGGUAGCUCAUUCGCCGUCACUGCCAUAGAUAUCUCCGGCUAUAAUAUCUCCGGUGGGUUUCCUUACGGAUUCUGUCGUAUCCGUACACUCAUCAACAUCACUCUUUCUCAAAACAAUCUCAACGGUACGAUUGAUUCUGGUCCUCUCUCGCUCUGUUCUAAAAUUCAGGUUUUGAUCCUCAAUGUAAACAACUUCUCCGGUAAAUUACCUGAAUUCUCGCCGGAGUUUCGUAACUUACGUGUCCUCGAAUUGGAAUCAAACCUGUUCACCGGCGAAAUUCCUCAGAGCUACGGGACAUUGAACGCUCUGCAAGUUCUGAACCUUAAUGGUAACCCGCUCAGUGGAAUCGUUCCGGCGUUUUUGGGUAAUCUGACUGAGUUAACUCGUCUUGAUCUCGCUUACAUCGGUUUUGAUCCUAGUCCAAUUCCAUCAACCUUCGGGAACUUGACGAAUUUGACUGAACUUCGGCUAACUCACUCGAACCUCGUCGGAGAAAUUCCUGAUUCGAUCAUGAAUCUGGUGUUGUUAGAGAAUCUCGAUUUAGCUAUGAAUGGUCUCACAGGAGAAAUACCUAAGAGUAUCGGACGACUCGAAUCGGUUUAUCAGAUUGAGCUCUACGAUAAUCGGUUAUCUGGAAAAUUGCCGGAGAGUAUCGGAAAUUUAACCGAAUUGAGGAAUUUUGAUGUCUCUCAGAAUAAUCUCACCGGUGAAUUGCCGGAAAAGAUCGCUGCUCUGCAACUUAUCUCUUUCAAUCUCAAUGAUAAUUUCUUCACCGGAGGAUUACCAGAUGUCGUAGCUUUGAAUCCUAAUCUCGUCGAAUUCAAGAUCUUCAACAACAGUUUCACGGGGACGUUACCUAGGAAUCUCGGAAAAUUCUCAGAAUUAUCUGAAAUUGAUGUCUCGACGAACAGAUUCUCCGGUGAAUUGCCGCCGUAUCUCUGCUACAGAAGAAAACUUCAGAAGAUAAUCACAUUCAGCAAUCAAUUAAGCGGCAAAAUUCCGGAAUCUUACGGCGAUUGUCAUUCGCUUAAUUACAUCCGAAUGGCGGAUAACAAACUCUCCGGCGAAGUUCCGGCUAGGUUUUGGGAACUUCCUCUUACUCGUCUCGAGCUAGCCAACAACAAUCAAUUAGAAGGUUCGAUUCCUCCUUCGAUUUCCAAAGCUCGUCAUCUAUCUCAGCUCGAAAUCUCCGGUAACAAUUUCUCCGGUGCGAUUCCCGUCAAAAUCUGUGAUCUCCGUGAUCUCAGAGUCAUCGAUCUUAGCCGCAACCGUUUCUCAGGCCCUCUUCCGUCUUGCAUCAACAAUUUGAAGAAUCUAGAGAGAGUGGAGAUGCAGGAGAACAUGCUCGACGGCGAAAUUCCGAGUUCAGUGAGUUCGUGCACCGAAUUGACUGAGUUAAAUCUCUCGAAAAACCGUUUACGCGGCGGAAUACCACCGGAGCUCGGUGAUUUACCGGUUUUGAACUAUCUGGAUCUCUCCAAUAACCAACUCACUGGUGAGAUUCCGGCGGAGCUGUUGAGGCUGAAGCUUAAUCAAUUCAACGUCUCCGAUAACAAACUCUACGGUAAGAUCCCUUCUGGAUUUCAGCAAGAUAUUUUUCGACCCAGUUUCUUGGGUAACCCGAAUCUCUGUGCUCCGAAUUUGGAUCCGAUUAGACCUUGCCGAUCCAGACCGGAAACCUGGUACAUUCUCCCGAUCUCAAUCAUCUGCAUUGUUGCACUAACCGGAGCUUUGGUUUGGCUGUUCAUCAAAACAAAACCGUUAUUCAAGAGAAAACCGAAACGGACCAAUAAAAUAACCAUUUUUCAACGGGUCGGGUUCACGGAGGAAGACAUAUACCCGCAAUUAACAGAAGAUAACAUAAUCGGGUCGGGCGGGUCGGGUUUGGUUUACAGAGUGAAACUCAAAUCAGGUCAAACGCUUGCGGUUAAGAAACUCUGGGGAGGACCAGGUCAAAAACCGGAAUCUGAAUCCGUUUUCAGAUCCGAAGUAGAGACUCUGGGUCGGGUCAGACAUGGAAACAUCGUGAAGCUGCUCAUGUGCUGCAACGGCGAGGAGUCUCGGUUCCUAGUGUACGAGUUCAUGGAAAACGGUAGCUUAGGUGACGUUUUGCAUUCUGAGAAAGAACAUCGUGCCGUUUCUCCACUUGAUUGGACGACACGAUUUUCGAUCGCGGUUGGUGCUGCUCAAGGACUUUCUUAUCUACAUCAUGACUCUGUUCCGCCGAUUGUUCACCGUGACGUUAAAAGCAAUAAUAUAUUGUUGGACCAUGAGAUGAAGCCACGUGUCGCUGACUUUGGUUUAGCUAAAUCGUUGAAGAGAGAAGACAAUGAUGGUGUCUCCGAUGUUUCUCCCAUGUCUUGUGUUGCUGGAUCCUACGGCUACAUUGCUCCGGAAUAUGGUUAUACGUCAAAAGUUAAUGAGAAGAGCGAUGUCUAUAGCUUCGGGGUGGUUUUACUCGAAUUGAUUACCGGAAAAAGACCGAACGAUUCGUCUUUUGGAGAGAAUAAGGACAUUGUUAAGUUUGCAAUGGAAGCAGCUUUGUGUUACCCUUCUCCAUCAGCAGAAGACGGAGCCAUGAAUCAAGAUUCACCUGGAAAUUAUCGAGAUCUUAGCAAGCUUGUGGAUCCAAAGAUGAAACUUUCGAUGAGAGAAUAUGAAGAGAUAGAGAAAGUUCUUGAUGUUGCAUUGCUCUGUACGUCGUCGUUUCCGAUUAAUAGGCCGACCAUGAGGAAAGUAGUAGAGUUGCUUAAAGAGAAGAAGUCACUAGAGUGAUAUUAAUCCUAGGCUUUUAAUUAUUAGGCUUCUAUAAAAUGUACAAAAUCCGACUAGGAUUGUUUGUUACUUAUUAUUAUAGGUUGGAUUUUGCUUUAAAGUUUGGCUUUUUAGAAAUUAAACUAUUUUAACCUUU